CAAAGUCAAGGCUCAAUUUUUAUCCUACACCCAUUCUGGUCUGAACUUCAAAAUUCAAAAACAAGAUGUCCGAUAUCAACUUGGUUGCAUACAACGUCUUUCGACGCGAUCUGGCCAGGAUCUUCAGGACAUUCAAUUCGUCUACACAAACCGAUUUUACGGAUGAAAUCGGCACAAGCACUGACCUUGAUGUCAAAGCCGGUUCGGAAUCGAGUCUUUCAAAACUUUACGAUCUGGAAUUGGAUUAGUUAGGUAGAAUAAU